UCGUAAAAUGUCGCGACACUCCUCACUGUUGGCCCUCCCGUGCUGAAUGAACGUGCGAUUGGUUUAGCACUUCUUGGUAGAUGAAUCGUAUUUAGUUAUUUGUUUAUUGUUCCUGACCUGGCACAGUGUGCUUUGACCAGCCCUGACCCACCUGAAGAAGGCUGCAAUUGUGACCAUCGAGAAUGUUUAAAAAAUUUGAUGAGAAAGAAAAUGUGUCCAACUGCAUCCAGCUGAAAACGUCAGUCAUCAAAGGCAUCAAAAAUCAGCUGCUGGAGCAGUUUCCAGACAUUGAGUCAUGGCUCAAUCAAAUAAUGCCAAAAAAGGACCCUGUCAAAAUAGUGAGAUGCCACGAACACAUCGAAAUCCUCACAGUGAAUGGAGAACUGCUUUUCUUCCGACAGAGAGAAGGACCAUUCUACCCCACCCUUAGACUGCUGCAUAAAUAUCCCUUCAUUCUCCCACACCAGCAAGUUGACAAAGGAGCCAUUAAAUUUGUCCUAAGUGGUGCAAACAUCAUGUGUCCUGGGCUGACGUCUCCAGGCGCUAAACUCUACCCUGCUGAAGCUGACACAGUAGUUGCCAUUAUGGCAGAGGGGAAACAGCACGCACUUUGUGUUGGUGUGAUGAAGAUGUCAGCAGAAAGCAUAGAAAAAGUCAACAAGGGAAUUGGAAUUGAGAACGUGCACUAUCUGAAUGAUGGAUUGUGGCACAUGAAGACAUAUAAAUAAUGUCAGCACCUGAAACAGCCAACCCAAAUCAACCAGGAUGAUAUGUGGAGCUCUGGACACCGAGGCUGCCAGUCAACUGUUUACAGACAUCGCUGUGUAACCUGCUGGAGGCUUUAAAUCAAUCACCAUGAUGCACAAAUAAAACAGCUUGCUUUAAA